AUGAAUGAUUGCCUACCAAUAUUAAUUGACACAGGCCAUAGAAAGCUGUCGAAUCGUGUUCCACAGUACUCUGUAUACUUACGCUGCGAUCACAGAAUCCACCGUUUCAAGCUGCCGGUGAACUCGAUACAAAAGAACAACAUGGGUGUCCUCGACAAACUCUCCCGCAAAUCUGGCGUCAUCGUUGGUGAUGACGUCCUCAAUCUCUUCAAGUAUUGCCAGGAGAAGCAGUUUGCUAUUCCCGCCAUUAAUGUGACCUCCUCCUCGACUGUCGUCGCUGCUCUCGAAGCUGCCCGCGACUUGAAAUCCCCCAUCAUUCUGCAAAUGUCCCAGGGUGGUUCCGCCUUCUUUGGCGGAAAGGGCCUCUCAAACACCAACCAGGAAGGUUCCAUCGCUGGCGCCAUCGCUGGCGCCCACUACAUCCGUAGCAUCGCCCCCGCCUACGGCAUCCCAGUCAUUGUGCACACCGACCACUGCGCCAAGAAGUUGCUGCCCUGGUUGGACGGCAUGCUCGACGAGGACGAGCGCUACUUCAAGCAGCACGGCGAGCCUCUGUUCUCUUCUCACAUGAUUGAUCUUUCCGAGGAGCCCGUCGACUGGAACAUUGAGACUACAGCCAAGUACUUCAAGCGCGCUGCUCCUAUGAAGCAGUGGCUCGAGAUGGAAAUCGGUAUCACCGGCGGAGAGGAAGACGGUGUCAACAACGAACACGUCGACAACAGCGCCUUCUACACCCAACCCGAGGACAUCUUCCGCAUCUACAACACCCUUGCCCCUAUCAGCCCCUACUUCUCCAUUGCCGCUGGCUUCGGCAACGUGCACGGUGUCUACAGACCCGGUAACGUGCGCCUCCGCCCCGAAUUGCUAGCCAAGCACCAGCAAUACGUCAAGAAGCAACUCGGCUCUUCCUCCAACACUCCCGUCUUCUUCGUUUUCCAUGGUGGCUCCGGCUCCACACAGGAAGAGUACAAGGAGGCUAUUAGCUACGGUGUCGUUAAGGUCAACCUCGACACUGACUUGCAGUUCGCUUACUUGUCCGGUGUGCGCGACUACGUCCUCAACAAGAAGGAUUACUUGAUGACCAUUGUUGGUAACCCCGAUAGCGCCGAUAAGCCUAACAAGAAGUACUUUGACUCCCGUGUCUGGAUCCGUGAGGGUGAGAAGUCGAUGACCAAGCGUGCGGAGGUGGCUCUUCAUGACUUCAACACUGCUGGUCAGUUGUAA